UUGCAAAGGAAAACAUGUCCCUCCAGUCUUCAGUUCUGACCUGCCUUUUCCUGAUAAUCUCUGGUUCCUGUGAGUUCUUCCCUGAAGCAAGUCAUUCUAGAAGCUAUCCUUGUGAUGAGAAAAAGCGAAAUGACUCUGUUAUUGCAGAUUGCAGCCAUCGUCGACUGCAAGAAGUUCCCCAAACAGUGGGCAAAUAUGUGACAGAACUGGACCUGUCUGAUAACUUCAUCACAUACGUAACGAAUGAAUCAUUUCAAGGCCUACAAAAUCUCACUAAAAUAAAUCUAAACUACAACCCCAGUGUACAGUACGAGUAUGAAAAUCCUGAUAUGAAUAAAAGUGGCAUGACUAUUACAGACGGGGCAUUCCUCGACCUGAAAAACCUAAGGGUGUUACUGCUUGAAGAUAGUCAGUUACUCAAAAUACCCGCUGCUCUGCCAGGGUCUUUGAGAGAACUUAGUCUAAUUCAAAACAAUAUAAAUGGGGUAACUAAAAAUGAUACUUCAGGACUUACGAACUUGGAAAGACUCUAUUUGGGCUGGAACUGCUAUUUUAACAAAGUUUGUAAUAAAACGCUUGACAUAGAAAAUGGAGCAUUUGAAAACCUGACUAACUUGAAGGUGCUGUCACUAUCUUUCAAUCCUCUUUUCCACGUGCCACCAAAACUGCCCAACUCCCUACUGGAACUUUAUCUGAGCAAUGCCAAGAUCGAAAAGAUCAGUCAAGAAGACUUCAAGGGAUUGACAAAUUUAAUAGCACUAGAUUUAAGCGGGAACUGUCCGAGGUGUUUCAAUGCGCCGUUUCCAUGCACACCUUGUGAUAAAGAUGCUUCAAUUCAGAUACAUCCUCUUGCUUUUCAAAACCUGACUAAACUUCAAUACCUAAACCUCUCUAGCACUUCCCUCCGGGAGGUUCCUGCAACCUGGUUUGAAAAUAUGCCCUGUCUGAAGGUGCUGCAUCUUGAAUUCAACUAUUUAGUGAAAGAAAUAGCCUCUGGGGCAUUUUUAACGAAGCUGCCCCACUUAGAAAUAUUUGAUUUAUCUUUUAACUAUGUAAAAACAGAAUAUCCACAAUAUAUUAAUAUUUCCAACAACUUCUCUAAACUUUCGUCUCUCCAGGCAUUGCAUUUAAGAGGUUAUGUGUUCCAGGAACUUAGGAAAGAAGAUUUCCAGCCACUGAUGGGGCUUCCAAACUUAACGACUAUUAACUUGGGUAUUAACUUUAUUAAGCAAAUUGACUUUACUCUUUUCCAAAAUUUCUCCAAACUGAAAAUUAUUUACUUGUCAGAAAACAGAAUAUCACCCUUUGUGAGUGAUAUCAGGCAGAAUUAUGCAGACAAUUCCUCUUUCCAAAGUCAUAUCCUUAAACGACGCUCAAUUCAUACUGAGUUUGACCCACAUUCGAAUUUUUAUCAUACGACCAGUCCUUUAAUAAAGCCACAAUGUACAGGCUAUGGCAAAGCCUUAGAUUUAAGCUUGAACAAUAUUUUCUUUAUUGGGAGAAAGCAAUUUGAAGGUUUUCAUGACAUUGCCUGCUUAAAUCUGUCUUCAAACGACAAUGCUCAGGUGUUAAAUGGAACUGAAUUUUCAGCCGUGCGUCAAAUCAAAUAUUUGGAUUUGACAAAGAAUGCACUAGACUUUGAUAAUGUUCAUGCCCUCAGUGACUUGGACAACUUAGAAGUUCUAGAUCUCAGCUACAAUUCACACUAUUUCAAAAUAGCAGGAGUAACACAUCGUCUACAAUUUAUUGAAAAUUUAACACAGCUAAAAGUUUUAAACUUGAGCCACAACGGCAUUUAUACUUUAACAGAAAAGUAUAAUCUGGAAAGCAAGUCCCUGGAAGAAUUAGUUUUCAGUGGGAAUCGCCUGGACAUUUUGUGGAAUGAAGAUAAUAGGUACAUCUCCAUUUUUAAAGGUCUCACCAAUCUGACACGGCUUGAUAUAUCCUUUAAUAGACUGACAUCUAUCCCAAACGAUGUGUUCAGUAAUUUGCCCCACGGUCUCACCGAACUACGUAUACGUGAUAAUAGGUUAAAUUUCUUUAACUGGACAUUACUCCAGCAGUUUCAACGGCUCAGCUUGCUUGACUUACAUGGAAACAAGCUGUACUUUCUAACUGAUAGCCUGUUUACAUUUCCAUCCUCCCUUCGGACACUGCGGCUGAGUCACAACAGGAUUUCCUACCUGCCCUCUGGCUUCUUUUCCGAAAUCCGCAGGGUGCACCUCGACUUAAGUUUCAACUUGCUAAAGAUGAUCAACAAAUCCACGCUUCAGACGAAGAACACCAAUUUAUCUCUUUUGGAACUACAUGGAAACACUUUCAACUGCACCUGUGACAUUGGAGAUUUUAGAAGGUGGAUGGAUGAAAAUCUGAAUAUAACAAUUCCUAGAUUGACAGAUGUCAUUUGUGCCAGUCCCGGGGAUCAGAGAGGGAAGAGCAUCGUGAGUCUGGAGCUAACAACUUGUGUUUCAGAUACCAUCGCGGUGGUGUUAUUUUUCUUCUCAUUCUUUAUCACCACCAUGGUUAUGUUGACCGCCCUGGCUCACCACUUGUUUUGCUGGGAUGUUUGGUUUAUCUAUCAUGUGUGUCUAGCUAAGGUAAAAGGCUAUAGGUCUCUUUCCACAUCCCAAACUUUCUAUGAUGCUUACAUUUCUUAUGACACCAAAGAUGCCUCUGUUACCGACUGGGUGAUAAACGAGCUGCGCUACCACCUUGAAGAGAGUCAAGAAAAAAAUGUUCUCCUUUGUUUAGAAGAGAGGGAUUGGGACCCGGGAUUGGCCAUCAUCGAUAACCUCAUGCAGAGCAUCAACCAGAGCAAGAAAACAAUCUUUGUUUUAACCAAAAAAUAUGCAAAAAGCUGGAACUUUAAAACAGCUUUCUACUUGGCCUUGCAGAGGCUAAUGGAUGAGAACAUGGAUGUGAUUGUAUUUAUCCUGCUGGAGCCAGUCUUGCAGCAUUCUCAGUAUUUGAGGCUGCGGCAGCGGAUCUGUAAGAGCUCCAUCCUCCAAUGGCCUGACAACCCAAAGGCAGAAGGCUUGUUUUGGCAAAGUUUGAAAAAUGUGGUCUUAACUGAAAAUGACUCACGGUAUAACAAUUUGUAUGUUGAUUCCAUUAAGCAGUACUAACUGAUGUUAAGUCAUGGCUUCAUACCAUAAUAAAAAUGCAAAGCAAUGACCUUUCUGUCUUAGUUAGCUAUUGCUAUGUAACACAUUACCCCAAAACUUAGUGGCUUAAGACAAUACACAUUUGCUAGCUCACAGUUUUCGUGGAUCUGGUGUCCAGACACAGCAUAACUGGGUCCUCUGCUUCAGGGUCUCUCGGAGGCUGCAAUGUAGGUGUCAGCCAGGACCACAGGCAUCUCUGGGGUUGGGAUCUACUCCCAAGCUCCCACCCAGGUGGUUGUUUUCAGGAUUCAGUUCCUCCUGGGCUAUUCGCCAAAGGCUGUUCUCAGUUCCCUGCCAUGUGGACCUCUCUCACGAGGCAGGUUCCUUCAUCAGAGCCAGCAACAGAGAGAGAGGCUGCUAGCAAGAUGAGGUCACGGUCUCUUGUAAUCUAAUCAGUAAAGUGAUAUCCCAGCCUUUGGCCAUAUUCUAUUUGUUAGAAGUAAACCACAGGCCCUGCCAGCUCCAUGGGAGUGACCACCUCAGUCCAGGUAAAGCAGGUGAAGACCAAGAUGGUGGGCUGCUAUUACCUCAGUUGGUCAUCGACCGUUUUCCCUGGACUGCCAUCAGGGACAGCCUACCAUCUUGAUCAUAGAUUGUGAAUAUCAGGAGAUGGGGAACUGUGGGCCAUCUUAGCAGCUGGCCUAAUAGACCUUCUUUUCAAUAUCUAAGAACUUUUUCCACUGUGACUAGUAGUUCUGAUAUUAAGCUACUGUUUAGAUUUAUCAUAAAUCUGUGGCUACAUGGUUAUAUUAUGCUGUGGUUGCAUUAGUCAUUUUUACAAUUACUUGUACAAAUAUGGGCUAUAAUAUUUGACUUCUAAGGUUUAGAUGCCUUUGAAAGGCUGAGAAAGAUAGUUUUUUAAGUGUCUUUUACUUCUUGAUCAUUUUUUAAAAGUAUGUAGCUAAAUUAGAAGCUUUUGGAGUAUUUGUUAAAUGCCAUUGUUGUAAAUCUUUAAAUGAAUGAAUAAAAAUGUU